UCUCUUCUCUCUCUACUUUCUCUCUCAUAGCCAUUCGAUCUCUCGUCCUCGUCGUCGUCGUCGUCGUCUCUGUUCAAGCAGUCCUUCCUCCCUCCUCGAAGGGGUCUUACCAGGGGGUUUAUCCCACCCUCUCUUCCCUGGAAUUCCCGCUCCCGUUCGCUCCCCCUCGCCGCGAGCCCCUAGAAAUCCCCCCCCCCCCUCCUCCGCCGUCUAGGGUUUCCGCCGGAGCUCCGGGGGGGUUUUGGGUUUCCCGCGCGCGGGGCUCCGGGAUUUCUCGCUGGGUUUUCCGGCGACGAUCGGUGGGUCGGGUUUUCUCGAUUCGGUGUCCGGGCUCGCGGACCGCUUGCGGGGGGCCGGGGUUUCUUGUUCCCGGGCCGAGCCGGUCUUGAAUUUUCCCCGUCCGCUCGCUCGCGGGUUGCCGUCGCUCCCGAGUGUGGUUUCGGCGGCCGCUAGGGUUUCGCGGAAGCCGGGCCGGAUCUGGGUUUUGCGGAUUGCCGCUUUUGGAGCUCGCCCAUUCCUUCACCCGCUGCUGUAAGCCGGUAGAUUUCGUUGUCUGCUGAAGUUUGGACCCGUUAUGGAGGUUUCCGGCUUUCUUGGUACCUAAUUGUCCGAAUUCUCUGUUUGGGUUUGAAGCGUUUUUGUUUGUUUCUCCUCCAUUUCGAACGCCCCCCGUAUCGAUGGAGUGGAAGUGGAGGAGAAAAUGAUUGCCCCUGAUGGAGCAGAUCUCGGGCUGGGCUGGGCUGAGCUGAGCUGAGAGAUUCGUGGGUUGAAUGAAGGAAAUUUUGUUGUCGGGUUAUCUUCCAUUGAUAUGAGUCAUCGAAUAUGAACAAUGGAGGUGUAAAUACAACAACUGGUAACGAAACGAAGGCUGAUGCUCCGAGUGGAAGAGCUAAAGCUGACGACUUUGCUCGUGCGGUAUCGAGGGUUGCGGUUGCACAGGUUUGUGAGGGUGUCGGGUUCGAGAGUGUCAGGGACUCCGCUUUGGACUCUCUUUCAGAUAUAGCGAUUCGUUAUCUUCACGAUAUCGGCAAGGCUGCGAGCUUUUAUGCUAAUAUCUCUGGUAGGACUCAGUGUAAUGUUUUUGACAUUAUUAGAGCUCUAGAAGAUUUAGGGAAUUUUCAAGGUUUCUCGGGGGCUUCGGGAGUUAGUCACUGCCUUGCCAGUUCUGGCACAGUAAUGGAAAUUCUGGAUUAUGCGCAAUCGGCCGAGGAGGUUCCCUUCAAUCAGUCGAUACCUCGAUUUCCAGUAGCCAGGGAUAGGCGUCUGAUCCCAAGUUUCACGCAAAUGGGUGAGACUCCACCUGGCAAGCAUGUACCUGCGUGGUUGCCGGCCUUGCCUGAUCCUCACACUUAUAAGCAGACACCCGUGUGGAAUGAGCGGAAGUCGGAUCUGCGUGCUGAUAAGAUCGAGCAAGCGAGGCAAAGGAGAAAUGCAGAGAGGUCUUUGUUGAAUUUGCAGCAAAGGCUAGCCCAGUUUGGUUCUGCAGGAGCUUCAACCUCGAAUAUUGUUCAAGAUCACCAGCCGAAAGAAUUGAAGGCAGACGAAGGCAAUCCAUAUCUCACCACACCUUUGCCACCUGGUGAAAAGGAAGUCUCGUCUGUCAAUUUGCCUGUUAUUCUUUCUAAUGGACCUACAAGGGAGAAUAGUUUAUCUGUCCUGGAGACAUUUGCCCCUGCAAUUGAAGCUAUGAAAGAUCGGUUCUGUGAAGAUGGUGAUGGCGAUAAUAAGAUCCUUCCUCCUGAUAAGAGACCUGCUAUUCAUUUCAAGUUCAAGACUGGAAAAAAAGUUUUCGGUCAGUCUUCGGAUCUAAAACUUCAUACUAAAUAUCUCAGCAGACCUGUCGCUCUGAUUGGGCGUGAAGAGGAGAGAGAUGACAAGAAGAGAAGAGCUGAAUACAUCCUUAGGCAAGCCAUGGAAAAUCCACAGGAGCUCACUCAGAUGUAAAUUGAUAGAGAAUAGCAGUAUGAUUUGCAAGGUGCAUCAAAUUGGUUGUCCGCUGAGGCCACAGUGUUGCUUCUGGUGGAAAUUUUAGGGCAGUUUAGGCAGGAAUUCUUGUAGUCCGGCUAACAAUACUUCUGAGGAUUCUUUGGAGCUCACUUGGUUCGCAGGGGAUUACAAGAACACCUUCUUGAUUAAAUCCAAAUUCCUGUUCCGCUGCAUCUAAUAACUUGAGAAAUGGAGGAUGGCUGAGAUAUCUUAAUUCAACGAAGAACUUCCUGGGCUCGCCAUGUCCUAUCGUGAUGACAGAGAAGUAUCCAUCUUUCAUUUUGGCCAUUCUAUCGUUUCCCUUGAUGGUGUUGCAGUAUCUCAAGGGCCAUCUGCAGGGACAGAGGAAAACCUUCUGGAACUGUUUCCCUGCCUUUCCUAGACUGAGGAAGGAGCUAUUUUUCCUCCAUUUCGCUUUGCUCUCAUCCUUGUGCUUGAUGUGAAUUUUUUUCCCCGUUUUUCGCCAACUAUGCUAGAUCUUGUGUAGGUUCUUUCUAUGUAAUGGAAAUAGAAGCAGUGGCCGAUUUAUACUUGGAGUUCAGGCCUUUCCUCA